AUGGGCGCGACCAGAGGCGUUGGGACAGACACGGACGGGGGACCAGCGGGGAGCCGCGCGCGGGGGAGAAACGGCGGCGGGGGAAGCGCGGCGGGCGGAAGUAGCAGCGCCGGGCAUGGUUGGGGAAGCGGGCGCGGGUGCACAUGCCUUGCUGUGUCACCUGCUACCGCCCCUUCCGCGGUGUGGGGAGCAGGAAACAGCGGAGCCGGCACUGCUGCAGGGGGAACCGGCGCCCCUGCAGGGGGAAGCGGCGGAGGAGGCGCUGCUGCUGAGGGGAGCGGCGGAGGUGGCGCUGCUGCUGAUGGGAGCGGCGCAGAUGCUGCUGCAGCAGGGGGAAGCGGCGGAGGUGGCGCUGCUGCAGGGGGAAACGGCGGAGGUGGCGCUGGGGUGGGAAUCACGAGCGAGGCAGGCAUCAGAAACAAUGAAAAAUCUGGAGCGGCACCUGAACCUUCGCGUGGACCAUCAGGUGAACCCUCAUGUGCACCUGAAGCAGCACCUGAACGCACUGUUGCACUCACGCCUGCACAUGCAGCCUCAGGUGCUGUCGCAGGUGCCCCCUUAGGUGCUCCCUCAGGUGCCGCCCUGCCCAGCAGCGCAUGUGGAGCAGCCCGUGCAGCCCCAACGGCCCUCCACGUGUCCAGGGAGCCAAGCACCCAGAGAGGCAGGGUGGGGCAAUCUCUAUCCGGGCACGGGCAAUUGCCGUCAGGCAAAGGGAGAGUUGGGUCCCCCUCAAGAGGGGAGGGGGGUCAACUGGGAAGGAUGGGGAGAGGAGGAGGAGGAGGAGGAGGAGGAGGAGGAGGGGGAGGAGGAGGAGGAGGAGGAGGAGGAGGAGGAGGAGGAGGAGGAGGAGGAGGAGGAGGAGGAGGAGGAGGGGGAGGAGGAGGGGGAGCAGGUGGGGGCGGAGUCGAAGGGAGUGUGGGCGUGGGAGCAGGGAGGAGGAAGGCUGAAGAGGGUGGCUGUGCAGCAGUGGUGGAUGGGCAGGGUGAGGCAUCGCCACCACCACCACCAGCAGCUGCUGCGCCGGCGGCUGGUGCUAGUGCUGGUGGUGGUGGUGGCGGUGGGGAUGAUGCUUCUGCAACUCGCGCAGCCACGCCUGCUGCUGCUGCUGCUGCUGCUGCUGCUGCUGCUGCUGCUGCUGCUGCCUCUCCUUCUGCUCCCCCUGCUACUGCUCCCCCUGCUACUGCUCCCCCUGCUACUGCUCCCCCUGCCGCUUCUUCUCCUGCUGCGUUGUCCCCUCCGUCGUUGGGAAUGGACCUACCACCAGACGGCUAUUCCUGGCGGAAGUACGGGCAGAAGCCGCCCAAAGGAUCUUCAUUCCCCAGGGGCUAUUUCCGAUGCGCUGUUCCGGGCUGCCCGGCAAAAAAAACCGCCGAGAUGGCCCCGGGCGGCGGGAGCAUGGAGAUUCUGUACAAGGACGAGCACAACCACCCAAAAGGGGCGGCAACCGGGCGGCGUGCUACAGCUGGGCAUGCAGGCGACGUGAGAGUGAUUAUAACGGAGGAUAUGGGGGGGUUUGCUCAGCUAGAUGCAGCUAUAAAGGGGGGAGGGAAAGGAAAAGCAGCGCAUCAGACUGCCAAUUCACCUGACCAUCGCCGGCUGGGGGCGAUUUCACGCCAAGCUGCCUCUCCAUCCUCCUUCUCUCAUCCUCCUUCUUCCCUCUCUCAUCCUCCUCCUUCCACCCUCACUCACACCACUCUCCUCCCUCUCACUCGCCCCGCUCCCUCCCCACUUUCCCCUCUAUCUAACCAAGCCUCCACGCCUCAUCCCCCUCCUCUCACUCUCCCUCCCCCGCAAUCUCUCUCCUCUCUCUCGCUCCCUCUCUCGGCGCAUUGCAGUGUCACUGCCAGUGGCAGCGGGGAGGGUGCCAGCUCAGGCUACACCAUCAGCAACACUAUCAACAAUUCCACAACCCACAAUCUCAGCAACACAGUCAGUACUACCAACAGAGACACGGUCAACUGCAGGAACCUUCAUGGAAGUGGCCUACCGGGCAGUGGGUUCCCCAGGCCUGGCAGCGUGGCAGGCAGCGUGGCAGGCAGCGUGGCAGGCAGCGUGGCUGCUCAUCUGCCAUUCUCACAGUGCUGCAGCGCGUACAGCCCUCAGAGCUACCCGCUCUCCUCGCAUCGCUCUCACCGCCUGUGCUCUGCGCUGUAG